AUGGAGCUUGGGAAUGGCAGAACGAUCCGAUUCUGGGAGGAUAGCUGGUUGCCUAAUGGGGCGUUGAAAGAUAAGUUUCCUAGGCUCUUCUCGGUUUCAACCCUUACCGGGGCAGUCAUAGGGGAUUGUGGGUUUUGGGAUGGACUAGACUGGAUUUGGAGUUUCCAGUGGAGGAGGGAGCUGUUCCAGUGGGAGUUGGAUCUGGUAAGACAACUUCAUGAGACCUUGCAGUCAGCCAAGCCAACAAAUGAAAGAGAGGACACGGUGACAUGGAAAUUUGAUAACACAGGGGUUUAUUCAACGAGCUCCUUUACACAGAUGAUACAGGCGAAAGCCCUUCCGGCUGAAAUUACAAGCUAUAGCUUCACUCGUGCCAUAUGGAAAGGGUUCGUCCCUCCAAGGAUUGAGCUCUUGUCUUGGUUUGUGCUGGUUGGAAGGAUGAAUACUAAGGAUCGCCUGUGUAGACUACGUGUUCUUGAUCAAAAUGACAACCAGUGUGUGGUGUGCUUGGCUGCAUGCAUUUGGAAGGAGUUGGUGCCCCCUGGUAAUCUCAAGGACCACUUCGAAAGCUGGAUAAGCAUGGCAAUAUGGAAGAUUGAGAGAAAUAGGUGGUUCAUUGGGUUCUUUGCUGUUGUAUGGACAAUCUGGCUAGAGAGGAAUAGCAGGCUGUUUCAAAAUCACGUAUCCAGUUUGCGGGAUAUUAUAAACAAGUCAUUUGCGUUUGCUGAGGAAUGGAUUGGAGGUGAACCCUUUGGAUGUUGA